ACAAACAAAACAAAUUGAGCUUACUGCCGAUCAUUUUACAAAGAUGGAAAAAUUAGACUCGGUUGCAUUUCAAAAUUAUAAAAUUCUCACUUUAAUUGGCAACGGAUCAUUUGGAAAAGUGUUUAAAGCGACACAACUGGACACACAAAAUGUUGUAGCACUAAAGGUUUUAUCUAAACAUGGACGAUCAACAAAAGAGCUCGCAGCUCUCAAACAAGAAGCUAAUAUCCAGCAAAAUCUUAGGCAUCCAAACAUAAUUCAGCUAUUUUCAUCAUUCGAGACUGAAAAGGAACUCGUUUUUGUAUGUGAAUAUGCUGUAUCCGAUCUUCACAAGCUUUUAGCUCGAGCUGGUUCUCUUGGUGAAACAAAAACUCAAAAGUUGUCAUACGAUCUCAUUAGUGCCUUAUACUAUCUUCAUUCUCAUAGGAUUCUUCAUCGUGACCUUAAACCUCCUAAUAUUUUAUUGGACAAAAAUUAUAAAGCACUUCUUUGUGACUUUGGAUUGGCCAGAAAUAUGACUCUUGGUACACAAAUUCUGACGUCUAUAAAAGGAACUCCACUAUACAUGAGUCCAGAGCUUCUUGAAGGACGUGGUUAUGGACAUGAAGCUGAUUUAUGGUCACUCGGUUGUAUUAUUUAUGAAAUGUUGGCUGGUGAGUCACCAUUUAAUACUCGAUCGAUUCUUCAUCUCAUGCAGCUGAUUCGUUACGGAAAUGUCAAAUGGCCAAGUUUUUUGUCAAACACUUGUAUCUCAUUCCUUAAAGGAUUAUUGGUUACUGAUCCAUCAAAACGUAUGGGAUGGGAUGAAAUUCUUAAUCACAAGUUUGUGAAAGGAAACAUUUUAAUUUUAAGUACCGACAAGUCAAUUUCUGAUUCUCCAUUUACUCGUCCAAAAGCAUCAAAGGAUGAGAAAAGACUUCAAGAUAGAAUUCUGAAAAUUUCUCAACUCAAAAAGCAUGAUUUUUCACAAUUUGAAGAUGUCAUGUCAUCAAGAGAUUCCAUUAAAGUUAAUUUGAACCUGCAAAGUGACAUGGACGAGACUGACAAUGAAGACAUUUCUGUUCUCAAAAAUGAAUCAGACAGCUUAGAAACUAGCGGUGAAGCAACAAAGAAUGAACUUGAAGCUUUGAGAAUUCCACAGCAGUUUCCAAUGCAUACAAAUAUCCAGCAAUUCCAGCAUGAUGCAGGACCGAAAAUUCACAAUAUUGGAAAUGUGCAACCAUUAGCUGAAAAUUCAAAUAUGGUCAUGCACAGAUUUAUGGACAAUAUCGAUCCUGAUUUACAUCAUUUUUUGAUGGCACCACCAAUUGCUAUGCCAUUGCCACAAAAUCAAGUGCCUGGACCUAAAGUUCAACAGGAACUUACAGAAAAAAUUGAACAAAAAGAAGUUCAAGUAAGCCUUAAAAAAUCUCAAAAAACUCAAUCCGAUGGAAUUUCGACAGAUGUCUCCAGUGUUCCUGUUGAAACCGAAGAAUGGCUGCAAUUCAUAUUCAAGUCUAUGCAGGAAGUCUUAGAUGGUGAUUUAGAGAUUUAUAAACAAGAAAACAUGAUGACAAUUAUUGUUGGAUUAUUAAGGGAUCCAAAAUUUAAUUCAAAGCUGAUUGAUCAUGUUGUACAGAUUAUUUGCUUGCCAUACGCAAUAGACAUGCCGAAAUCGAUGAUGGAAGAGAUUGAUAAAAUGUAUUUGCAGUUAAAGUUGGUGCCUAAUUUAGUGUAUGCAUCAAAAUUGUUGUGCAGUAAAAAGUUACAGACACAAAAUACAUCAUUAUCUCCACAAAAACUUGAAUCUCUAAUGAACUUUAAUGAACAAGAACUUAAAACUUUAUCGUCAAUCUACGAUCUUGUCGUCUUCUUAGUCUACUCAGGCGAAACCUUCCUUCACAUGCUUUGUGAUGCAAUGGCGCUUUUAAAUCUUGAUCAUAUUUUCAAAAAUUUCAUUGCAAUUGGAUGUGAAAAUGACUCUAAGGAUGCUGUGAGACUUGCAAGUUCAGUUGUUGCUUUAAUAUGUGCAAUUCUUCAAGAUCUUCCUGAAAAUUCAAAAUUGAUUGAAAAAAUAAUUUUCAAUGACAAUGAUAACGACGUGGAUGUUGACUUGUGUAAGCUUUUGAGGCACGAAAAUUCAAAAAUUCGUCUUAGAACUUGCUUGAUGUUGAGAUUGCUUGGAAGGUUUUGUUGUUACUCUUUACAAAAUCAAUGGAACACGGAAUUGUCAAUGAUUGUUAAUGAUGAGCUGACAGCUGAUAGUGAUGAUGAUGUCCGAGGAGAGGCAUUGAAUGUGAUUGAGGAAUUUAGAAAUUUUUAUUGGUUUAAGGAGAAAUUUUAAUGUUUGAAAAAUAAUGAAUAUUGCAAGAAGAAAAAUAAAAUUAAAAUCAAAAACUUUA